AUGAUCGUUUUCGUUUGGUGUCUGCAGAAAAUUCAUUUAAUAAACCACAACAUUGUUCAGCUUAUUCUUUAUAUUAUUUUGAAAUUAAGUGGAUAUUUGAAGAAUUCCCGGAGAGGAGUACACCUUGGCUUUCUAUUGGUCUUCGAAAUUGUACAACAAAAGAGCAUACAAUUUAUAAUGUAUCUGCAUCUGCGAAUAGAAUUUUUCAUAACCAAUAUUCGAACCUCGCUUAUAGACUUUCAACAAUUUUCAAUAAUAACGAUAUUUUUGGUUGUGGAUUAG